AGUCACUUUAUCGUUUUUACUUUUAUUUUACUGGGAUUUCUCCUAAAUGGUGAAAUAAAGCGUUUACAUCUGUCAUUGAGGACAUCACCAUCUUGAAUAUCCCUCAUGCGCUUGCUGUGUGUCGGCGCCUCUCCCACACAGGCAUGCAUGAAACUUGACAAACGUUGUCCUUAUCUUUACACCAGAAAGAGAAACGUUUCUUCUUCUGAUGAGUAACAGUGAGAUAAAAAAAAAAAAAAAGGAAGCUUUGGCUCCAAAAGCCCCAACAGACAUCAGCUUUCUUAUUAUCUCUAUUUAAAAUGGAGAUGAGGAUUUCCUCCUCCUUCACUUCUCCUUUUAGUUGAACAUCAACACUAAAAACAUGGUUUCCUGUUGUUGGGCCGAGGCGCCGUGUGUGUUUUGUGUAGGAGGCCAUGAUGCAGUGAAUGCAUUCAGGUUGUCGAUACAACCACACCGACGUGCGAUACUUAUGACACGGUAUCGCCGCGGCUCCACUGAUUCAGAAUGAAAAUGGGAAGUGCCGUCUUCCUGUAGUUUCCUGUCGGGUUGCACUCAAACAAACUUCACGUUCACACACUGUUUGCAUGUAUAGGCCCCACGCACGCACGCACACACACACACACACGCACGCACGCACACAGGCGUGGCCUGACGCCACUCUCGCAUCACGUAGUUGUGACUGCCAGUGGAAAAGAAAAUGUCAUUACUCACACACCAGUUUCUGCAGCUUUCCAGCUCUGAACCAGUGGUUUUCCUUUAGUCCUUCAGGGAUAUGUAUAAAAAGGUAAGCGACACCACCGUCUGCAUUUCCAGUAAAUCUUCUGAAAAGCAUCUUUUGGUUGAUCUGGUUCCCUUUGCAGCUCGCUCUGACAACAUGAAGCCCAUUGUCUUUUUUUGCCUUUUCGCAGCCUGCUGCUUCUCUCUGGCCACCGCAAACGGGACUGGACGAUCACAGGAGAGCAGAAAACUAGAAGAAGUCCUGAGACAUCUGAGGGCUGUGAAAGAAAGCCUGCAGCAGACCGAGCUGCUGCUGAAUACUCCACCACAGAAUAUCCAGGACUGCUGCUGUCUGCCAGCCUUGCAGUGUUUUCGGGAUAACCUGCCGGUGCAAAACGGUGCAGAAAAGAAGCGAGUCAGACUCUUCAAGAGCCUUAACCACCCGCUGACCGAGAGAGGUCUGAACUUUUGUGCUACAGGAAAUAAUCUGGCCAGCUGCCAAGCCUGCGCCUCACAUCCCAAACAAAAUGCAACGAUAUUCUUCAACAGACUGGAGACUCUUAUCCAAAGUGCCUUCACCAGACUGACAAACUGAGAGGAGGCGAGGAUUCACUCGAGACCAAGAAUGAAUGUAAAGAAGACACUAUGCUGAAAAUAAAUUAUGUUAUAUCUUUUUUUUUAAAUAUUUAACUUAUUCAGUAUUUAUUGAGGUCAUGGUGGUAAUCCCACCAAAGCUAUGAAAAAAAGUAUGUAUUUAACAAGAAAAAAAUGUCUGCUUUGCUGCCAUCUAGUGGACAUACGUGGAGUUGUUCCCCCCUCUUUUUCACUGACGGUGAAAGUUUAUUUAUCUGUAGUAGUUCUCAAAGAAUUGACAAUAUUUAAUGACAUGUAUACUAUGUAUGGUGUGACCGAGGAGGGGAGUCAUUUUAUUGACAUGAUUGUAAUUUUUAAUACAAAUAAAAUGUUUCAAAGGUU